AUGUCUCCCCCAGAUCAAGACACCGAAGCUGUUCAUAGCGAAAGUAGACCUCUAUCUCGGCCCCGUCGAUAUCUCCGCCGCGCUGGAGAAAAAGAGAGCGAACGCGCCGACGGAAAGCGCGAGCUGAAGGAAGCAGAUUGCUAUGAAAUCCUGGGAUACUGCUGGCCACGAUGGAAGAAAUGGACUUAUCUGGCUGCGGUCGCGUUCGUUCAGGUUUCUAUGAACUUCAAUACCUCGGUUUAUCCUGCUGCUGUCAAAAAUCUGUCUGAGGCCUUUAACAUUAGCGAGCAACAUGCUCGGACUGGUCAAAUGGCUUACCUGGUUACUUAUUCUAUUGGUUGUGAGCUGUGGGCUCCUUGGUCCGAGGAAUUCGGUCGCUGGCCCAUCCUCCAGCUUUCUAUGUUCUUGAUCAACAUUUGGCAGCUCCCCGCAGCCCUUGCUCCUAACUGGGGCAGUCUUGUCGUCGCUCGUGCAUUGGGUGGUCUCUCUACUGCUGGUGGUAGUGUCACUCUCGGUCUUAUUGCCGACAUCUACGAGCCCGAAACGCAACAGUUCCCUCUCGCAUUCAUCGUUUUGUCAUCUUGUAUUGGUACCAGUAUUGGUGGUGUGAUUGGAGGACCAAUUGCGCGAUUCCUUGACUGGCAAUGGUUCUUCUGGAUUCAACUCAUCUUCGGAGGAGUCACCCAAAUCAUCAUCUUCUUCAUGCCUGAGAGUCGUUCGACUAUUAUCAUGGACAGAGAAGCCAAGCGCCGCCGCAAGACCGGAGAAGACCCGAAUAUCUACGGACCCAACGAGAUGAAGAGCCCCCGUGUCUCCCUCAAGGAAGCUGGCAGGAUCUGGGCGCGUCCAUUCUACAUGCUUCUGCGCGAGCCCAUCGUCCUCUGUCUAUCUCUUCUGUCCGGUUUCUCCGACGCUCUGAUCUUCACCUUCCUCGAGAGCUUCGCCAUCGUUUACGAGCAGGGAUGGGGUUUCGGUACCCUCGCACAAGCGUGGGCAGUUAUUCCCAUCAACGCGGCCUACUUCAUCGCCUACUUCAGUUACUUCCCGUGGUUCAUGCGUGAUCAAAAGCUUCGACUCAGACAUGGUGACGCCGCCAUCCCACCCGAGCGCCGUCUCAAGUGGCUGCUCUUCCUUGCACCACUCGAACCUAUCGGUCUAUUCGGUUUCGCAUGGACAUCCUUCGGCGACUCGAAAAACGUUCACUGGAUCGGAUCCAUGAUUUUCUCCGGCUGUGUCGGUAUCGCCAACUUUGCCAUCUACCUAUCCUCUGUUGAUUACAUGGUCGCUUCCUAUGGUGUCUACUCCGCUUCUGCGACGGGUGGUAACGCUUUCGCGCGUGAUCUUCUCGCUGGUAUCUCGGCCAUGUACGCGACGCCUAUGUACACAAAUAUCGGCAACAAGUGGCAUGUUGAAUAUGCAACGACGAUUCUGGCUUGUCUUUCCUGUCUGGUUGUGACUCCCAUCUACGUUUUCUACUGGAAGGGACCGCAGCUUCGCGCGAAGAGUAAGUUCGCCUCUACGCUUGCUGCCGACAGAGAGCAAAACAAUGGCCGGCGCGUCAGCAGGAUCAGCACGGAGCCUGGCUAUUGA